GUGGCGGAUUUGAACUGAUGGAAAAACUUGUUAUCGUUGGUUACAAUGUAAUUUUCAAAAGAUGAAUAUUAUUGAGGUCCACUCUUGAAGGAAAAAAAAACCCUUCUGAAACCCCGAAAUGCAAUGGCAAGUGACCAGGCCAAAUUAUUGGAAAAGGUCUCCUCUUUGUAUAAACGUGCCCAGGUGUUUGAUUCCACAGUUUUGUCACAGCCAUCAUCAUCCUUAACAAAACAAGAUACAGAGCCUUUGCAUCUAAAAGUUGAAGAAGCUCAGAAGCAAUUGAAGGAGAUAUACAAGAGAAUAGAAAUAGCUGAGGCAGGAAAACAACACCAUGACAUUUCAAACAAUCAGCCCCUUGAAGUUUUAAGAUCUAGAGCAGAAAGUCUUCAGGCUGAAGUUGACCAGCAAAUAAAAAGAUCACCUUCUGGGUUUUAUACUCAUCCUCCACUUUUGAUGACCCUAUUAAAAAAACACUUAGAAACAGAAAUCAGUAGCCUUCACCAGACACUAGCCACCAUCAGAUCACAAAGAUUGUCAUGUGAGCAACAUUUAAACAGGGUACAAGCUGCUAUAUCUGAAGAACGUUAUCUUAUGGACAGUGUGGAAAAAGAACUAAAGGAUUUAUCUAUGGAUCAAGUGGAAGAGAUGUUGUCAGAAGAAAACAUCAGAGUAAGAAAACUGAAGGAUAAGCUAAAAGAAACUAAAGCAUUACAACAACUUCGAUCAGAGCAAAUGGCUGACUUUCUUUCCAAGAAUUUUCCUCUUCCUGAUGAAGACUGCAUUCGUAAAUACAGUGAAGAAUAUUCAAGAACGAAGACAGGAGAGAUUCCUAGAAUCAAGACUGUUGCUCAGAUGUUAGAGGUUUUUGUCAACAAGAGCUUAAAUACACCCCAUGAUCCAUGGGUGACAGAAGAUGAAUCAUUGUGGCCUCCUUACAUUGAGUUGCUCCUGAGAAGUGGGAUUAUUGUUCGACACAAGGAUAACUGCCAUAUUUUUAGAUUAGAAAGCUUCCUCACUUGAGACAUAUAUUUCUACUGUGCUCAAAAGGAGAUAUUUUCACAAUCCAGGCAAGAGCUGUAAAGUUGUUUGUUACUACAGUGUAGUUAUUACUUGUACAUAAUAUGUG